AUGAGUGACGAUGCUAAUCGUUUAGAAAACCUUGGAUAUAAACAAGAAUUAACUCGAAGUUUAACUCGUUUGACGAAUUAUGGAAUGACAUUAUCAGUUGUGAGUAUUACUUCGGGUGUGACAUCUUUGUUUGCAUAUGGAAUGAUGACUGGUGGUCCUAUGGUCAUGGUUUGGGGAUGGAUACUUGUGUCUUUAUUUACCAUUUGUGUUGGUCUUAGUAUGGCCGAAAUCUGUUCAGCUUAUCCAACUGCUGGUGGUCUUUACUUUUGGACUGCUAAUCUUGCUCCUCAACAAUAUCGAUCGAUGGUCAGUUGGUUUACUGGUUGGUUCAAUCUAAUGGGACAGUUGGCUGGAGUGACAUCUGUUGAUUUUGGUCUUGCAAUGCUUGUUGGAAGCGUUAUUUCUAUUGGCGUCGGCGAUUGGACACCACAACCAUGGCAUAUUGUCUUGAUUCAUUUGGGUCUCAUCGUUAGCCAUGGAAUAUGCAACUCUCUUGGUCGCCGUGUACUAUUGUGGAUCACGUAUAUUUCAACUUGGUGGCAAUCGCUUGCACCGGUCAUUGUAGCCAUUACCGUUCUGUUUGGCGGAAAGGGUGAAAAUCAUACGGCAAAAUUUGUCUUUUCAACAUUCGUUAACCGUACAGGAUGGACUAGUCUAUGUUGCAUUGAUUGGUCNUAUAUUUCAACUUGGUGGCAAUCGCUUGCACCGGUCAUUGUAGCCAUUACCGUUCUGUUUGGCGGAAAGGGUGAAAAUCAUACGGCAAAAUUUGUCUUUUCAACAUUCGUUAACCGUACAGGAUGGACCAGUUCGGUCUAUGUUGCAUUGAUUGGUCUUUUACAAGCUCAGUUCUGUUUAGCUGGUUAUGAUUCGGCUGCUCACAUGAGCGAAGAAACCAAAGGGGCGGAUGUUGCUGGUCCGUGGGGAAUGGUUGCUGCUCUAGUUGGAUCAUCGUUCUUAGGCUGGAUCUUCUUAGUUUCACUUCUUACAGGCGUGCACAAUUAUGAACUUACAGUCAAAAGUGAAACAGGAUUUGCAGUGACACAAAUUCUACUGGAUAACUUUGGUCGAGUAUGGACAUUAGUUCUAAUGUUCACUCUUUUAAUGGCCUGUUGGUUUUGUGGUCUUGUGACCGUUACAUCAAAUUCUCGUAUGAUCUAUGCGUUUAGUCGGGAUAAUGCCCUCCCAUGGAGUCAUUUUUGGCAAAAGGUACAUUCUCGAUUUUCGUGUCCACUGAACGGUGUUUGGCUCUCUUGCACAAUCGGCUUUAUUCUUGGUCUUCCAUAUUUGAUCAAUUCAACAGCAUAUUCCGCGGUGACUAGUCUUUGCACUAUAUGUCUGUACGUUGCCUAUGGCUUACCAAUACUUUGUAAACUUUUCUCUUCUAUACCAUUUCCUCAUGGUCCAUUUCAUCUUGGUCGAUUCUCAUCCUUUAUCAAUGUUAUCGCUCUCCUGUGGAUAUGUUUAAUAGUUGUUCUUUUCGUUUUACCAACGGAAUAUCCAGUGACGGCAAAGAACAUGAAUUAUGCCUCAGUCGGAUUUGGAUCCGUGUUGAUGAUCUCAUCGCUGGUGCAUAUAUUCUCGGCACGAUUUUGGUUCAAAGGUCCACGUACGAAUAUUGGCUCGACGACUGAACUAAAAUCUUCAACAAAUUCAGAAUGA